GCGAAACAAACAUGGCGAUAGAGUCGAGUGGACAGAGGUUUACGCUAACUUUAUUCGUGUUUUCUUGUGUUUUAGCGGGCAGGGAGGCCGAGGCGGCCCCUUCGGAGCCAAGAAUCCCCCCUCGGAUACUCGGCUUCAGGUUGGAAAAGAGCGACACGCCGGCAGAGACCACGGAGAGAGGGGUUAUUCAGGUGACCGAGGGAAGCGAUACCCUCUUCAGGUUUUAUGGGCUUCACUUGUCCCCCGACAGCUCGAAGAUUAUCGGCUUCACGGAACUUUACUCCAGUGAUAAAGAGGAUGACGCUUUCGACGCCAUCAUUGUCCCCUACAAUAGGACUUGCCCCGAAAUCACGAAGGAUGUAGUAGUGAAGGGGUCCAUGGAUGUACGGAACCAGAACACCUCCGGGAUUGUCAGCCUCCAGAUCAAGCAGCUCCGUAAGAGCGAGAUGGUCAAGGUGUUUGGUUUGUGCCUCCAGGACCCCCAGGACAAGGAGUGGUAUCUGUUGGACGACAGAGACGGCAGACUGCGUGUGGUGGAGGAGAAGAAGUCCCUUCUGCCCAUAUGGCUACAGGUGAUCCUCAUCUCCUUCCUGCUCGUGCUGUCUGGCAUGUUUAGCGGGCUCAACCUGGGUCUGAUGGCGCUGGACCCGAUGGAGCUGCGCAUCGUGCAGAGCUGUGGCACCGAGAAGGAGAAGAAGUACGCGCGGAAGAUCGAGCCCAUCCGCAGGAAAGGUAACUACCUGCUGUGUUCGCUGCUCCUCGGUAACGUCCUAGUCAACACCACCCUCACCAUCCUUCUGGACGACCUGAUCGGCUCCGGGCUGGGCGCUGUGGUCGCCUCCACAGUGGGCAUCGUUAUUUUCGGGGAGAUUGUCCCACAGGCUCUGUGCUCCCGUCACGGCCUGGCUGUUGGGGCGAACACCAUCCUUGUCACAAAGUUGUUUAUGUUGUUAACUUUCCCCCUCUCGUGGCCCAUCAGUAAGAUCCUGGACUGCGUACUGGGUCAGGAGAUCGGCACCGUUUAUAAUCGUGAGAAGCUGGUGGAGAUGCUGAAAGUGACCGAGCCGUACAACGACUUAGUGAAGGAGGAGCUCAACAUGAUCCAGGGUGCACUCGAGCUUAGGACCAAAACAGUGGAGGAUGUCAUGACCCCCAUCAGUAACUGCUUCAUGAUCCACAGCGACGCUGUGUUGGACUUCAACACCAUGUCAGAGAUCAUGGAGAGUGGAUACACCAGGAUACCUGUGUACGAGGAUGAGCGGUCCAACAUCGUGGACAUCCUCUUUGUCAAGGACCUGGCCUUCGUGGACCCGGACGACUGCACUACUCUCAAGACCAUUACCAAGUUCUACAACCAUCCAGUCCACUUUGUGUUUCACGACACCAAGCUGGACUCCAUGCUGGAGGAGUUCAAGAAAGGAAAAUCCCACCUGGCCAUCGUCCAGAAGGUGAACAACGAGGGGGAGGGAGAUCCCUUCUAUGAGGUGCUGGGUCUGGUCACCCUUGAAGAUGUGAUCGAGGAGAUUAUCAAAUCAGAGAUUCUGGACGAAUCAGAUCUUUACACUGAUAACCGCACAAGGAAAAAGGUUGCGCCCAACAAGAACAAGAGAGACUUUUCUGCCUUCAAACAUGAGAGUGAAUCUAAAGUGAAGGUCUCUCCUCAGCUGCUGCUCGCUGCUCAUCGUUUCCUGGCUACAGAGGUGAGCUUGUUUAACCCGUCUCAGAUCUCAGACAAAGUGCUGCUGAGAAUCCUGCGCCAUCCUGAUGUGAUCCAGGAGAUCAAGUUCAACGACAACGACAAACGCUCAACACAUCACUACAUCUACCAGAGGGGAAAGCCUGUCGACUACUUUGUCCUCAUCCUACAGGGACGGGUUGAGGUGGAGGCUGGCAACGAGAACAUGAAGUUUGAGACCGGACCUUUCUCCUUCUAUGGUGUCAUGGCACUCAGUGCUCCCACACUGGAGUUUCGUUCCCCAUCCCACCUCAGCGGGUUGAACCGCACGGCCUCUCUGAGUGGAGCCGACAGGACAGAGUCGAUCUCAGUCAGUGGCAGCAACAGCCAGCUCAACAACAGCAUGCCAUCACAGCAGUACACACCUGACUUCUACGUUCGAGCUCUCACUGACCUGCAGUUUGUAAAGAUCACGCGGGCUCAGUACCAGAACGGCCUGAUGGCAUCCCGACUGGACAGCACACCACAGUCCCCGGAGAGCGGACACAACAUGGCCCGCCUGGAUCAGACCACUCCCCCCAGCACUAUGGCCAACAUCCCCAUCACAGACCUGGGAGUGGACUCCACGCCCACGGAGAACGGGCCGGACGAGACAACACUCCUCCUCCUUAACGAGCAGAACUCUCCGCACACAGCCAACCACCACAGUCAGCUAGAGAACAGCAUCUGACCCUGCGCGUUCCUGCUACAUUUGCACGCAUGCACUACUGCACCAGAAUGUAUGCUGAGGAGGGGAGGAGUGCGUGUGUUCGUUAGUGUUUUUGUAUUGUGUCAGGGGGAUGCAGAUGUAUGCUUUCACACAGCUGGCAAAGCAUACAGAGACAAGCCAUGCGCAUGCUUAUUGUGUAAAUAUGCAAGGAUUGAACAUCACACAGGCUGACAUGCCAAAGUGAAUGCUUUCCAUCAGAAAUGAACUCAACACAAACACCAAACUGACCUACGGUAGUAAGGUGUACCUGAAUAUGUUUGUGUUUGCACAUGUUCCUUACUGUAUUUCAGACAACAAACAUCUAAAGGACCUGCUUGUCUGGACCAGAAAGCUCCCCCCUCUCUUUUUCUGCAGUUAGUGAGUUUCUUCCUCUGUGUGCGUGUGUUUUUAAUUGUGCGUUUGUUGCUUCCGGUUUCUUGUCCCCAAUCAGAGACUCAGGGAGACCCCCCCCCCCCCCCCCCCCCCAAACUCACCCUGCGUGCCACAUGUGUAGCAGCCUGCAUCCCCUCCUCAACAUCCAUACAGCUAGAAGACAAAGACGACCUGAGCAUGUCAGCAGAGUUCAAAAGAAGUAAUAUAUGUUCCUUAAAAACCUAUAGUGAGAUAUUUAUUGAUGAAUUUUGUGAGAGACGGAUACACAAGAGACUCUUUUUUUCAGGUGAGGAAGGGUGGGAGGGGUUUGGGGUGGAUUUAUAUAAAAACAUAUAGAUAUAUUUUCCUUCUUGUUUCCUGAAUAGAAGCAGUGAUUAGCCCAGAGCUUUUACCCCAGAGCUGUUCAUAGAGUCAGCCAUGAUUAAGACAAUCAAUACGAUCAUUAUGAAUGUGUUAACAUUAAAUGUGUAGGGUACGUUAACUGGCAGACCCCCUUCUCUUUUAUUAAAACGUAAUGAGCUGAUAAUCCCUGUCAGAAUGAGUUUCAUAAAGGUUGUAGUUGUUUACUGACUUUAUAAGAGAGAGCGCUUUGUGUGUAUGUUUGUGACCAAAAUGUCCGUCACCCUUUUUGGUGGGAACAGAAACCAAAGGGGGAAGCGUGUUCACAUUCUGAAUAGAAAAUAUUAGAAAAUCUGGGACUUUAUUUAUUGUGAGUGUACAUAUCUUAUUGUCAAUAUGAGGGGGAAGGAAAUCUGAUUUUUUAUUUUGGCUGAUUGUGAGAUUUUACAUGUUCAAUGAUCUUUUGACUUUAAGUGGUUGUUUUGUUUUUUAAUCAGAUCUUUUGGAAGGGGGUCACUGUCAUACCUAAAAGCAUACUUUAAUAAUUUUGUGUUUUUUUUCCUGCAGCCAAACAAAAAACAUUCAACUUUUGCAAAAAGCUAUUUAAUGGGAAACAAUUUUGUAUCUUUUUCACAUUAUACAAGGUUUGUUUAAUGGAAAUUCACACACUCCUGUUCAUUUUACUGUAAGCUCUAGUUAGAUUUGAAAGGAAAAUCAAGCCUAAAUUCUGUCUUUUGAUGGAAUUUUCUUUGCCUGAUUUCUUGUGAAGUUAAUUUCCUGGUCUUUGUAUUUUUGUUAUACAUCAGAAAAAGCAAAUCAGUUGUUUAGCCUCUGUUUUGAAAACCAAAAAAAGAAAUUGCUGCUUUCUACGGGACGCCUACGUCAGAGACUAAUUUCUGCACUAACAGUAACUACAUGUACCAGAAUGCACUGCAGCCACAGAAAAGGAUGUAUUUCUUAAGUUUAAGCCCUGUUUCGACUGAUAUCUUUUAUGCUUUUUUUUUUUUUUUUUAUAGUUUAUGUGAAUCACAAGGUGAAUCUAAGGCAGUCCCCUCUGCUCUCUAAAUGUUUCAAAAGAAAGGGAUUCUGGGAAAUAAAAGGACAUCAAGAGAGGAAGAAGACACAAUUUUGAGGGAAGUAGCUUCACCAAAAACAACAUUAAUUAACACUAAUUUCCAGAGGCGUAAAAUAUCACAAAUGCAAGAUUUUUAAGUUUCUGAUUGUGGAUUUUUUUCAACAGUGUUGCUUCUUACUGGAGAUAAACGUGUUCAGAUUCUUAUUCGCAAUUACUAACUCAUUUUGAAAUCACUAAACCCCAAUUCUGUCAGCAAACUAUAUAAAAGUAAAACUACUGAAGCCCUGUUUUGUUCAACUGGGCAUCUUUGUUCUGCCCUGAAAAGGAACUAUGAAGUGCUUUUCCUAAGCAACAGUUUGAAACUGAAGCUUUACAACAUGAUGAUUUCAUUUCUGUUUUCAUGUGAAUUUGGAGUGACUGGUGUCUUGAGGUUUUCACGCUUGGGAAAAAUUAAGUGUCACAAGCUUUCUAGGAAAAACAACAAAAAAAUUAACAGAAUUUCUCAGGCCUCCCUUUUGAUUCUGAACUUGAAAAUAGCAACUACAUUACACAAAAGCAUUUCAAGCAAGUUGCCAAAAUCCAGAUCUUGUGUCAUGUGUGGGAAAAACAAGUGGCUAUAACAGUAAUUUACAUGGUUUGUCUGCCCAACAAUAUACCAAGGAGUUAUCCUCAAUUUGCAAAUGUGUUAAGUAAAAUUCAGCUUUUUUAGUUUAAGAUUUAAGUUAUGUUAAAUUCAUUUUAUUUGGUUUAUGAUAAUAAUUGACCUGAAUUUUUUAAAGAACUGUGUUGAGGCUUUUUUUUUACACAGUGGUGUAAAAGUUGUCCUUAAACGGCCCUAGGUAUACUCCGUUCUUAGAUUUCACUGAUCCUAUGAAACAAUAUUCUGACGUUAUUGUUUAACUUAACUUCAGCUGCAUAAAUAUCUUAAUCUCAACCAAAUUUAACAUAGCCAAAGUGGGUAAAAAACAAACAAAAAAUUAAAAAACAAACAAAAGCAGGACAAAAGUAGAAUAAAAGCAAAACUGAAACAUCCCUUACUUAUGCACUGAUGUUAUGUGAUGUUGUGUGAUUGACUUGUUAAAUAUUUUGAGACCAAUGAGGUUGCUUUAUAAUCAAACAAACCAACUCAGUAAUAAAUAAAAAGGUGAUAGUAGCCUUCAGUUAGCUUUUAAUCUGAUUUCACUUUUUAUAAGCUCAUUAUUCUUUGUUUGCAUCACUUAAACUGAUUUUUGAAGGACAGGAUCUCAGCUGCCCUGUGUGAAAAAUAUCCUAAAGCUAGCUUAAAUUUUCUAACACCAUGAGCACAGUAUGUAUAGUUUUGUUUUGAUCCUUUAUAACACAAGCAGUUAAAAAAACUAUGAAAGUUAACCAUUUCCACUUUUCUGGGGUUUUGCAUUCAUGAAAUUCAACAAAGCUAUCUGGGUUUUGGCUGUACUUGAUGACAGAGCUUAGCAAACUUUUCAGUUAGGUUUUAAAGAAAAGCUUAUAUCUAGCUUCACAUGUGUCUCUAACAUUUUGAGAUACAAACAAGAGUCAGACUUUUUUAUUUGUUGAAUUUAGUCUUUUAAAUGGUUUGUUGUGAUCUUUAAAGUCCUUGUAAAGUGAACAAAAAAAAACCUUUUUUAAGGUUUGUUUUAUGACAGGCCCCUGUGUUAUGAACCACCAGGCCAAAUUUCAGUCAUGAUAGACAUCUCUAAGUUUGUGAAAUUAAGCUUCAAAUGAAAAAUGAGACAGUAAAAUCUGCUCUAGGAUAGUGUGGGAGUGUCUGUUAAAUGAGUUGAAGCCACGCCCAGUCAGGAGAAAUAUGAUCCUCUCAAGUUUUUAGGGACAGAAGUUGGGUAUUAAAUUUACUGUUUUCUGGCACGAAUCUCUCUGUUCUGAUACUUUUAAUGACCUGUAGGCCACAAUGGCAGAUGGAUUUGGGAAAUUUGCCUUACAAGAAACAAACACACUGCAUGUAGCUGGCUGCUAACUUUCACGAAGGCAGUGACAUCCACUUAAAACAGACUGUACUGAGAUGAACUACUUGCAGAUUCUUUAUCAUUAUACCGUUGGGGGGGCAGGGUAGUCCCCCAUCAGGACUGGUGAUGUCAUGGGCUUAGAUUUUUGCCCUGCUGAAAUUAAACCAAGCCAGGAAAGAGCUGAACAAAAUUUAGUCACACAUGGAUCUCAGUGUUUUCACAUGUUUACAGCAACCUUAUUCCAACAUAUCUAGUGUGUUAAGGCACAAAGUUUUGAUUUCACUUUACAGGGACUUUGACAUAUUAGCUGUGCCGCUUAAAUGAUAAAAACUCCAAUGAGAGCAAACUAAAGUUGGAGUCUCCACCAGCUAAAACCCACUGUUACCAACAGCCUGAGCGCAUCCAUUUGAAUACUGGAUUUAAGCUUUGGUUUCUCAACCUGUCUGUAAAAACCCAUGAACUCAUCGAUUUAACAGUAAAGAAAUAACUUGCUGCUGUUCUGUUCUUCUUUUCCAUCUCUAAUUUUUUUAUUUGUUGAGAAAUGCAUGAAGCACUAAGGACUUCAAAUCAAAUUAUAGAAAUUGAACAGACUUAUUAUUUCAAUAUUAAGCUAUUAAUAUUGCCAUCCAAUUUUAUGACCCAUUGUGUCUAGAAAGGAACAUAUGCACCAACCAUGUCAUAAUAUUUAAUUCAAAUGUUUUUAUAAGCUGUUCAUAUUCUAUGUUUUCAAUACAUAUUUUAACCGACAACUUCAAUAACAAUUUAUUAGUUUAGAAAUAAUGUUCAGCCCAAAUGAAAGUGAAAGCACUUUAGCCAAGGCAGCAGUAUUUUUCCGAAAGAAGCCACAAAUUUGCCAAAGUUGCUGUCUCAGAAGCUCUGUCGUCAUUACACUGACUCUACCCUUUUUUGAAUCUCUGUGAAUUCUUACAAACAAAAAAGUUUAAGGAACUUACUUUUCUGUUGCCUUCACUGUCUUUAAACAACUGUACUGGAUUAUUUUUGUGUUCAUUCCUGAGUUAUUUACAAAACAAUCACACACACUCCUAUUUCAGAUGACUGUUUCUGUUUAUUGAGUAGAUUUUUAUUGGCUAAAAUUGUUAAAAUUUUCUUUUUUUUUGUAUGUGUGUGCCUGCAUGUAUGUUGGAGUACCUGAACCCCCCACACUUGUUCUAAAUUGUUUCGGGGUUGUGUACAGUGUAUGUGGAUGCCUGUGAAUGAUGUCUGUUUCUUGUUUUUGCACCUCAGAACACUGUCAGUAAUUGUGGGAAACAAAUCUUUUCUAUUUGUUGUUGAUUUAGAUUUGGGAUCAGAGCGAAUUGAGCAGCCAGUGUUGUGUUUGGGGGCAUAAAGUGACUGUCCUUCAUUCUCUCUGGCAUGCUUUAACUUAAAACAACAGCAAAACAAGGUGUAAAUACUGUUUUGUAAUUUCUGUCUUAAUGAGUUUUGAAGAUGAAGAAAGUUAUUAAUAAACAUGAGAUUUAUUUCUCUAUGGACUUU